UAUAACAAAAAACCGACAAUAAACAACGGGAAAUUGAAGCCGAAGAGCGAGAGAAGAGAAAGCUUUACCGAACCCGAAAGUCUCCAGCAUUUGAGAAGUUCUUAAGGUUAAAGAAGAUCUUUCAGUGAUGGCAUUGCAAGAGAAGUUAGAUAGAUUUAAUAAGCAGCAGGAGAAGUGCCAGACGAUGCUCUCUAACAUCGCAGCAAAAUCAGCAUCUUCUAGGGCCCCAACUCCUAAACCUACACCUGUGGCUGCCUCACCUUUUCCCAGUGGAAGGAGUCCUGCUCCUGUCAAAUUCUCAAAUGAUACCGAGAGGCUUCAGCACAUUAACAGCAUUCGAAAAGCUCCUGUUGGAGCUCAGAUGAAGCGUGUUAUCGACAUUCUGUUUCAGACAAGACAAGCAUUCACACCAGAGCAGAUAAAUGAAGCAUGUUAUGUUGAUGUGAAUGGCAACAAAGAUGUCUUUGAGGGGUUGAGGAAAAACCCAAAAGUGAACUAUGAUGGGAAGCGCUUCUCUUACAAGUCCAAGCAUGAUGUAAAAAACAAGAAUGAACUUCUUGUCUUGAUUCGGAAAUAUAUAGAAGGGAUAGCUGUUAUUGAUCUCAAGGAUGCAUACCCAAAUGUAAUGGAGGACUUGCAGGCUCUGAAAGCUGCGGGUCAGAUUUGGCUCCUAUCAAAUUUUGACUCUCAGGAGGACAUUGCCUUUCCGAAUGAUCCCAGGGUACCUAUUAAGGUGGAUGAUGACCUUAAAGAGUUAUUUCGGUCUAUUGAAUUGCCCCGAGACAUGCUUGACAUUGAGAAAGAUCUCCAGAAGAAUGGAAUGAAACCUGCCACCAACACAGCAAAAAGGAGGGCUGCUGCACAAGUGCAGGGCAUUUCCUCCAAGCCUAAGCCCAGGCAGAAAAACAAGGAGUUUUCCAAGAAGACAAAGCUAACAAAUUCACAUCUUCCAGAACUUUUCCAGAGUCUCAAAAAUUCUUGAAGCCAGAGACAGAUUUACAAUGGGUUUGGUGGAGCAGCUGUGGAAUUUCCUGGGGUCUGUUCUUUUGAACAAGUAUUACAAGGGUCGUGUCCAUCAUUUAUGGUUAAACUAGUAUAAUUAGUCCUAAUUAUCUGUGGUUUAUGACUCCAUGUCUCCAACAAUUCAGAGAAGUGGAUCACUUCGGAAAUCCUUCUAAAUUGAGAUGAGGGCUGUUCACGUUAGAGCAAACUAGCAAUUUUUGUUUUUUGUAACUAGCAACACAAUUGAUCCAAUGUUUACCUUCUUGUAAUAUUAAUAAUAGUAACCACGUUCUCAUUGUUUGAUUGA